CAUCCCGAGACAACAACUUAUCCCACUUCCACUUUCUUCAAUCUAACCUGAUCAUCCCAUCUCAAUACUUACGAAAUGCCCUUACUAGCGAGAUCUCAUAGGUCAUCCCUUGAUUUCCCAUUCUGUGAGGAGGCUAAAUUAGUUUGUCACUUUCUCGGUACCCGUUGAGGGGUCGAUUACGUCCACAUCGUUUGCUGGGGUAAGUGGUAAUGAUUACAAGGGGAAUGUCUCGAUAUGUCUUCAUCAACAAGGAGUUGGGAAUGUGUGUUUCCUGGCUGCGGUAAAAGAUUUUCCCGAAAAGAGCAUUUAAACAGACAUGCUCUUGUUCACAAUCCCGAACAUCAGUAUAAGUGCCAAAUAUGUGGGCGGCGCUACGCACGAAGUGAUGUAUUUAAGAGGCAUGUAAAGCAACAUAAUCCUGAAAUUUCUCAGACGUCGGAUAAUCGGUCAGACGGUCGAAGCAUACGAAUAUGUCUACCUUGUGGUCAGCGCAAUACACAUUGUGAUGGUAACUCACCAUGCGGGGCUUGUGUAGCGAGUUGGACCGAGUGUCGUUGGAUUGGGACAGGCAAUAAUGCCAAUAAUCAUGAAGCCAAUGCUGGGCAGAUGACCGCCAUGCUACCUGGUAGCUCCGGUCAAGCCCCGUGGCUUUCUCCUACUGUGGAUUCCUGGAACUCACGACAGUUUCAAGUCACGCCUCUAUACCCAACCAUCCCGAGUGACUUGAGUGGUGACCAACCAAUGCAGGACAUUACGGAACCAGUCAGCUUUACUACACCAGUAUCGAGUAUAGGUGCCCAUAUAGUCGAACCUAUAACCUACGAUACAUCGAGCAACUCGCAAAUAUCCCCUCAAUCCGCGUCGGUUCUUGGGUCGCGACCACAGACCAAUUCCGCGUCACCCAUGCCUCCUGGAUUGGUUACUUUAGAGGCCAGCCUUGACAGAGAUUCGCCAACUACUAAGAGGUUAAUCCAAACGUUCCUCACCGUGAUUCAUCCAUAUUGGCCUAUCUUACACGAACCUACAUUUGAUAUCGAUAAAUGCCCGACAAUCUUGACGGCCACCAUUCUCAUAUUAGCGAGUUGGCUCGAGAAUGGACCUGAACAUCAGAAACUUGCGCCGUUAGUUUUUGACGAAGUCAAUCGGAUCCGAAUGGACCUCCAUCCGAGAUUGUAUUUCCUGCAGGCCGUCUUAUUAUAUGUUGUAUAUGCAACAUGCACUCUAACUUCGGAGGGAAUGGUAGCAAAAGCAUUAAAUCUUACCGGAUUGCUCAUUUCAACAUGUCGGUAUCUUGGUGUUUUUAAUGGUCAAUACACAUGCAGAGAUAAGACAGGCGAUGUCAAUGAAUUUACAUGCCCGUUCAUUGCGUGGCGUGUACAAGAGCAAUUAAACAGGCUUGCAUUUUCUGUCCUUCGCGUUGAUGCUUACCUCUCCGUGCUCCUGGAUCAUCCGCCUUCUCUGCGUUAUCAGGAACUCUGCAUCCCCCUCCCGAAGUCUGAACAACUCUGGGCCGCCGCCACCGAAGAAGAACGUCGCAAACUCCAAUGGAAUGAGCCCGCAGGCCGCGAGAAAGCGCUCUUCUCAUUCUUCAUGCGCGACUCUCUCGACCCCACCCGUGUCAACACCCUACCCUACUUCCUCACAGACAUCGACCACCACCUAAACGCCUGCGCAACACAAACCCACGUCUGGGAAGCAGCACGAGAAGCGCAUUCCUCCAUGUCCGACGAACUCGUUAAAGACAUCGACCCCCUCCAAUUCGUCCAAUUCGCACACCCGCACCUAGCGCGCUGGGAUAAGCGCAAACAAGGCUGCGAUGCGCAAGAACGGUAUUUCACUGGUUGCCUACCAGUAGAAUACGGCGAACACCAACUCGCACCACUAACCUUCACCCUCAUGCACGUAUCCACCCUAAAACUAAACGCACCUUUAAACGUCCUGCGCGCAAGAGGACAUUACUACAAAUCCCGUCCCGGCGCCGCAAUCCCAACGCGCAAACCCCAAGCCCACCUCCAAACAUGGAUCAAAUCUGGCGCCCCACGUACAGCUCUCUGGAACGCAGCCAAAAUCUGCCGAAUCUUCGCCAUCGAAUCCAUGCGUCCGGAUACCACCGCCGAUCCAAUAUCAAUCCUCAAAUCCCGCGCACGUCUCCGCCUAAACCCUCUCCUAACCCCAGGCGUCCUAAUGAGCGCCGUCGUAGCAUGUUCCUACGCACGCUACACCCGCAGUUGCGCAAACUGUCGGCGCGCCGCCGAAGAAGCGGAACAUAAAGCGAAUGCAUCACCAUGUUGUCCACAACUAGCCGCCAAGAACAAACAAAACAACGCCAACACUUCUACCACUACUAACAUCAGCCCCUGCGCCGCCUCCACGAAUCCCCAAACCGAGGCUGAUAGAGAAAAAGACAAAGAAAAAGAAGACGACCCCAUCGACCUCUUCACCCUCUGCGAUAACGACCCCGCCCUAGAACGCUGGAAACAACGCGGUAUCGGGAUACCGUAUUGGGGUAAAGGCGAAGAACGCAUACCCGUAUGUAUGUGUCGGUUAUCCGAUGUAGCGGCUUGGUUCCGAGGGGCGUUUGUCGAGGAUGAGGGCGCGGAGAUGGAGUUUGUUAUUUUCUUGGCGGAGUUAAGUCGCGAGGGGGAGUGAGACAGACAUAGGGGAUUAGAUAUUCAAGAAACUAUUGGUGUACAUAUAAGUGCAUGCUUCAAGACGCCUCUGCGUAGCGAGGAAAUACCAAGUAUCGUAUUUGAGCCUUUAGUAGUUGAAUGACUAUUGUUAGCGCAAAGUAGUCGGGUAUCAUGUCACCGGCUUGGAGAAGAAACUCCUGUAUAACGUGGUCGAGAAUCAUUGUGGAAUCAGGGUGAGGUAGGUUAUGAGAGGGCUACAACUCAUCCAUUACAACACUGACUCACCAUUGGUGAUCUAAGAGGUGCUCACGUAGUUAAUCCAGGCCUUAAUAUAAAUAGACAACGUCGAAGGCGCAACGGCACUAUAUUCUUUUUCAUGCUAUAUCAUCUAUCGCUCCGCCCCGCAAAACGCGAGC